AUGAACACAGUCCAAAGCCUGAGUCAAUCAUGUAUUAACGGCUUCCAGUAUGUUUUGUCGAGUCUCAGAGGAACUGCACCUCGAUUCCUGCAGCAGAUGCCUCCGUUGACAAUUGAGAUACAGCUUGGAAAAUUCAGGAUUUGGUGUGGAAAUUUGGGGGCUUUGCAGACGGGCUAUUCCUCUCUUGAUUACAGGUUGAGAGAGUCGCCUCUCAUGCACAAAAACAUCUCGCAACUUCUCCAACAGCUUUGCAUAGCAUUGGAAGAGUCUAUCGCUGUCGUAUCAGGACAAAGGCUUCCGUUCAAUGAGGAGUCUAUCCCGUCAGAUAUCAGCGAAGAAUCCGGUGAUGACACAAGCAACGAGUACUGUUCAUCAACAGAGCUAUCUAUGAGGGUUGCAAGUAUUACGGACAUACUCAACAACCUAUACCGAUUAUGCUACAAAAUUCGCAACUCUGGUCUGCGCCCUACUACUACUACUAGGGCUAACUUGAUCCAAGCGGUGGACAAUGACACGGGCGUUGAUCUAUUCGAUACGAUUUAUGAAUUCGACUCAAGGCACCUGGUUGAGCUUUUCACAGCGAUGCGUAAGGGAAAGCUUGAAGACGAUGGACCUUCUAAUGCUCUUCUUGAAAGACUCACAAAAACUAAUAUCUUACGUCAGAAGCAAUUCAGAUACUGGGAAAGGCAUGCUAGAAAGCUUGGUGUUCAGAUUCUACCUGUGCAUCAGACACCUAUCAGAGAAAGGCCCUCAGUGUCAGAGGCUGCAGAGGACGUGGGACUUCUACAAAUACAACUGGUUGAACUCCCUCCCCGGGUUGAGGAACAAAGUCACCUCUCUGAGACUAAUGCGACACCGCAUGAUCCUGCCCUAGAUGAUCGAACAGAGAGGGAAACUAUACUAUCGAUGGCCUCGACUGCCCUCGAUGCCGACGGAAAAGGAAUUGAGGUCCCCAAACCUCCUAAGGAGGCACUAUAUGGAGACUCGUUUACCUGCCCUUACUGUUGGGUGGUUUGCCCCCCGAAAGAAGGGAAAGGGAAGAGCUGGAAGUCACAUGUCCUUCAUGACUUGAAGCCUUACGUAUGCACGUAUGAAACAUGCAACUCGGCCAACGAUCUUUAUCAAUCAAGAAAAGCGUGGGUGGAUCACCAAGAAACUGUAAGCCUCUCUGGCGAGCAACUCGAGGACUUAACCAACGUCUCUAAAUUGGGUCGCGUUGAUGACCGCAAUGUUUGCCCCAUAUGCUUCGAAGAACAGCCGUUGCUCAAGGGACUGACCAAUCAUCUAGCAAACCAUCUUGAGCGAAUUGCACUAUUUGCUCUGCCAAGGACCAUCUCCAGUGAUGAUAAAAACAUGGAUGAAAGCCAGUUCUCCAAAUUAUUCAACAUUGAUUCUGAUGAUUCCUCCAAAUCGGAGCAGUUUGAAGAAGAUGAUGGAUACCUAAAGGAUACUCAGCGGAACACCACUCAGUAUCCAAUUGAUCCGAGUACCACGAUUCUAAAUACGGUAGAGCUGGAGGAGCUGUACGCCAUGUUGAGAUAUCUUGAACAGUUCUUCGAAUCACUCAAAUCCCACAUUGCGAGAAUGGGCCAAGAUCUGGGUGGCUAUGACAAGUUUGCAUUCGAUCUAGCCUCGACUGAUGCUGAAAGAUGUUUAUUGAUGACAGAAAAGCUCUUCGAAUGUAACUUGAGAGUUCAUCCGACCGCAAAAGACGGAGUUACUUUGACAGAGAUACUAAGGGACACACGGACUUUUCUUGAUAAAACUAGCUUAGAGCUUGACGAGGCUCAUGAGGGCAGCUUGGAAGAUCAAGAGAAACAUAUUGCGAUGGUUACUGAAGCAAUGGGAGGACUAGGAACCUUUUCGAUUUCGUUAGGCAUCGGUCUGAGCAAACUCGAAGAGUAUCAAAGCAUUCUAACAACGCUGUGGCCUGUCGGAGAGGCAUCAAAUGCGAGGCAUAACCAAUAUAUGACCGGGUCGAUUGAGCAAGCACUGGACGUGACCUAUGAGACGAGAGAGGCACCGGAAUACAAUGAGAUGCUGGAUCCUCGUAAGCAUGCAAACAACAUUACCAACUUUCAAAAGCUAAGAUCUCGAAAUGGUACCGAGUUGCUCCAUCGCACAUGUUUCAGCCUGGUGAGGUAUGUACAAAAGUAUCACCGUGUGUUCCAUCCCUGGUGUAGAUUUUGCAGGUUUUUAAAACUGUUUGGCCUGAAACUGCCCCUGGAAUUCCGUAUAUCGGCGAGGAAACACCAUACCGUGAUCAUUAUGGUGAGUUCGUAUUUGUCAGCUUUCGUCGCUUCAUUGUUGUGGCCAACGACAGAGGUCAUUGCACAUGCGCCAAUCACAACAUAUGGUGGAAAAGGAAUGAAAAAGAAAGCAGUUGAUCCUCAAAGUCAUGGCAUCGUUUGUGAGUUAGGUAAGCGCUCAUCACAGCUUCUACAAGGGGAGCCUGAACCGGUAUUUCCUCCUAUUCGUGUUCAUAUGCAUGAACCCGGCGAGAGGCUAGUCGGGACGACUCGAGUAUGCUAUGCAAAGCUGAUGACCGUUGAGCAUACCCUCCAAGUCCUUUUCAUAGGGCGCGUUGUGUCCUUAGAUUUUGACAUAGUCUCUGAAGCAAUGAAUGUGUGCUGGGCGAAGAAAGACCAUAAGAUGCGAAGGAGAAGGAGAAGAUGA